AUGACUCAAAAACGAAAAAAUUUAGAAAUAGCAAUUUCGCCAGAUUCAAUCAAACAUCGUAAAAAUGAUGCAUUGAUUACAACCUACACUUCGAGUGAUAUUAGUUUACAAAAUAAAAAAAAUAUUCUCGUAUGGUUUAGAACAGAUUUACGAAUUCAGGAUAAUCCUGCUCUUUACAAAGCAUCUUCAUUAGCAACAAAUAAUUAUGUUUUCACGCUGUUUGUCAUAUCACCAGAAGAAUGGGAAUCACACGAUGUUGCUCCUAUUAGAGUGGAUUUUUGGCUACGUAACUUGAACAUUUUAAAAGAGAAAUUAAACAUUCUGAAUAUUCCGGUAAUCGUCGAGAAAGUCAACAAAUCAAAAGAUGUUCCUAAAUUUGUAAUCGAGUUGUGUGAAAAAUUAAAUAUCGAUCAUUUAUUUGCGAAUAUUGAAUAUGAAGUGGAUGAAUUGAAAAGAGAUAAAGACUUAUUGAGACUAGCAAAUUCCAAUUCUAUCAAAGUUGAAAUGAUUCAUUCACAAUGUGUCGUAAAACCAGGAUCAAUCAAAACAAAAGCCGGAACUCCAUAUACUGUAUAUAGUCCAUUCAAGAAUACAUGGCUAGCUUAUGUAGAGUCUAAUAAAUCACUUUUAGAAAUAUCACCUCCUCUUACAAAAUCAAAUGACAACAGCAUCAAAUCAAGUUAUCCAGAGACAUUCAACUAUCAAAUUCCUGAUUCAAUUCCAGGAUUUGAAUUGGGCAAAGAACUAUCGUCUACUUCUAAAGUCAACUUUCCAGCCGGCGAAGAAGAGGCUCAUGAACGUUUAUCCAAAUUCGUUCAAUCUAGGAUUCAAAAAUACGAAAAAAAUCGUGAUAUUCCUUCCAUGAACGGAACAUCAAUUUUAUCUCCGUAUCUUGCUUCGGGAAUAAUCUCUGCACGUCAAUGUAUAAAUGCGGCGGUGCGAGCCAACAACAAUAAUCUAUCAAUUGGUAAACCAGGCGUGGUUAGAUGGAUCGAAGAGAUAAUUUGGCGAGAUUUUUAUCGUCAUGUUCUCUUCUCUUUUCCUCACGUUUGUAAAUAUCAACCCUUCAAAAAAACUUAUGCUAACGUCGAAUGGGAUAAUAACGAAGAAAAAUUUAAAAGAUGGCGUGAAGGUAGGACCGGUUAUCCUAUUGUCGAUGCUGGUAUAAAACAACUUAAUAAAUCUGGUUGGAUGCAUAAUCGUGUUCGCAUGAUUGACCAAGACAAAAUGAAUAUGACAAUUUCUGUGGCACAAAAUGAUAUUAAUGUUAACGGCUUAUUUUUGUUCCGAUUAUUCAAUAUCUUCCAAGGAAAAGUUACGGUGAGUCUUGUGUAUAGAAUUUUGGGAACUUUGAUUUUAUUAAUAGACAAUUUAUUGAGAAAUGUAAUAUUUAUUGAUGCGAAAGGACUAGAACUUGAUAAUAAUGCUUAUGAGUCUGUCAUUUUGAAGCCUGAAAUUAUCUGUUCACUUUGUCUGAAUUUGAUUGAUGGUGAUUUUGCAAGCAAUAAUGGAGGUUGGCAAUGGUUUGACUCAAAUGGUGACUAUAUACGAAGAUGGUUGCCCGAAUUAAAAGAUCUAGAUUCCAAAGUUAUUCAUGAUCCUUUUAAAUUUUCAAGUAAAAAAGAGUUUGAGAAAUUGGGGUAA